AUGUCUACGUCGUCCGCACAGCUCAUCACCACUCCCGCGGUGCACCUCCUUCCCCCACCAACGGAUCCAGAGAUUAUUCACACCCUUAGAAUGUUGGCUUCUCCCGGUAGCGACAACAACAACGAUGACGACGACGAAACCAGUCUCGCUAGUCCGACUGUGGAAGAAUGGGCACCGUCGUCCGUGGUCCGUAUCGUUGCUCAGGAAACAGACACGCGGGUCCGUCACCGCAAAGGCGCCGUUACUCGUGCGACGGCACGAUCGUCUUUGGUCACCGUGACGCCGACGGAACGAUCUGACACGAACCUUCCCACAACACCCGCACGGGUCGACCCAACGAAGGAAGCCUCCGAACGUGCUUGGGCUUCUACGGAGCCGCAGCGGAUGACUACUGUACCGGACGACGACUCGACCUUGGAACGUUCCCAGGGACCACGGGUUCGACAAGCCCCAACAUUAACAACAACAGUAACAAGAGCCUCCGUGUCCCAGCGUACGAAACAAGACGGUCGACGUUCAUCGACCAACGGAAGCUUCCGACCCAAGGUGUCCGUGAGCCGACGGCGGUACAGUCUACCACAUAAGAAUCGGGCUCCGGUGGAUCGCCGCUCGAGUUUGGAUCACAACCAUCGACUCGACCGAACGAACUCACCGCUGCGACCGCAGAAUAUCUUCCAAACCACGGGAGUAUCCCGACGCCCGAACGAUUACGAUCGAUUACUGCAGAUGGAAAUCAGUCUCCGAGACGCGGUGCCGGUCCGCCAUCAGGCUCCGUUCCAGAAAGGCUGGAGUGUGGAGCACGGCGUUCGUUCUCCUACCGUACAUCGCUCGACGAGAGAACAACACCAUCAUAAGUCGUGGAGAGAGGACUCUCCCCGGAACGCGCAACCGAAACUAGUAGGGGGAGACACGGGCACGCCAGUGGUGCCUCGUGGCGAGAACGCCGAGACUUUUUUGUCCAUUCCUAUUCUUGCGCAAUCCAACGACCGCCCAUCGAAUACUCAUUUGCCGAGUCCUAUCCUGGGGGAUAUCCCACAACUCGUACACCAACCGUCUAAAACUGACGGUAGCCACCGGAAUUUACCACCGUCGGAGUCUUCCUUGGGAACGGUGCUCCGUGCCAAAGACACCGGCAGUCCUACCGAGGAGGAUGUCAGUACCGCCACGACCGACGUCACGCUAUCCACAACGUCGUCGUCCCGUGCGAAAGAGUCCGCACCCGUCGAGACGGAGCCCGCCCCGCUCGCGGCUCGAGCCCAUUCGUUACUGAGUCAAAUCAAACAGCGCACCGUCGCAAACAAACACCGUGUAUCGCAUAUUCGAGAACAUCGACGACGCACCGAGGUGUUUGAAGCGGAACUCAACCGGAAUAAAACAAAGAAUGGUAUUGAGUCUGGCGACGACGCCAAACCAAUUACUGCUGUGGUCUACGCUCAGCGUCUGUUUCAGACCGAAGGGCGUCUGUACCGAUCCCAAUCGGAGGGUCUCAUUCUGAAGGAAGCCGUACUGAAUCUAUCGUCCUUGUUGCGAGAAAAAGACGAUAGGCUUUCACGGUUGGAAUUCCAUCGCGCCGUACGAGACGAGCAAAUCAAAGCCAGUGGCAUGGUCCACGCCGCCGUCUGUAUUACUGAAUUGGAACAAAAACUGGCCGAAUGCAACCUCAAAAUAUCGACAUUGACGGCAACAAUCGACCAGCAGACGGCACAAAACGAAUUGUACGAAGCACGGUCAAAAAUGGCGCAACACUUGAACGUGGAUCCAGAAUGCCUUUCGUCUAUCCAGAAAUUCUUGACCAAGCAAGAUUCCGAUAAGUCGAAUGACACACUCGACGAAACGCUUUCACACGCGUCAACACCACCACCUGUGGCUCGUGGUGCGUCGGCGGCCGCCGAGUCCAGUACCGGUAGCGUCACGAGCAGUGAGCUGACGAUAUCGCCCUUGCGUUCGGAUAACGUUUGAUUGGUCAACCAUCUCCACCACCACCAAUUACAGUAGAUUGAAAACACCGCUCAAAGGAGCUUUUGCGAAUACCAGUGGAUAUCACCAUUACUUCGAGCUAAUCAUCCAAAAGUCUUUGUUACCAUGGACAUCGAGCUUGGUAACAGCAUCGACUUUCCAAAAGCAGGGCACCGCUGGUUUUGGGAUACCCUGCAAUUGUUGCAACUAUAUGUAUUACUUUCAACGCUAAAGCCAUUAUUAUAUGUGGAAAUCCAGCCACACGCAAAUUAUAUUAAUAUUAGUAUUGU